CCUCGCCCUCUCCUUUCUCCCGCCGCCGCCUCACGAUACCGACUCCCCUUCUUCCUCCAGAACGUAGAGGCUGCUCGUCAAUUGCGUCGCCAACCCCAAUUCCCCGUCGCCCGCCAUGUCGCCGUUUAACCUCGACACCUGCGCGCGGCCCAACAUCCUGGCACUGCAGCCGUACCGCUGCGCAAGAGAUGACUACAAAGACGACGGCACAAACAUCCUCCUCGACGCCAACGAAAAUGCCUUCGGCCCGUCCCUCGCCCCGAAAGACGCCGCCAGCACCUCCUCCGCCUCCGCCUCGUCCUCGUCCCCCGCGGGCCCCUCGUCGACGCCGCUCUUCGAUCCCCUCGGCCUGCACCGCUACCCCGACCCCCACCAGCGCGAGCUCAAGCAGCGCCUCUGCGACCUGCGCAACGCGCACGCGCACACCCCCCGCGCCAUCACCCCGGACAACCUCUUCGUCGGCGUCGGCAGCGACGAGGCCAUCGACGCCCUGCUGCGCUGCUUCUGCGUCCCCGGCCGCGACCGCGUCCUGACCUGCCCCCCCACGUACGGCAUGUACUCGGUCUCGGCCCAGGUCAACGACGUCGGCCUCGUCAAGGUGCCCCUGCUCCCCGCGCCCGGCUUCGCCCUCGACGUCCCCGCCGUGCUCGACGCCCUCGCCGACGAGUCCAACUCGGUCAAGCUCGCCUACUUUUGCUCCCCCGGCAACCCCACGGGCUCCCUGCUCGCCAAGCGCGACGUCGAGCGCGUCCUCGCCCACCCCACGUGGAACGGCAUCGUCGUCGUCGACGAGGCCUACAUCGACUUCGCCCCCGAGGCCGCCUCCCUCGCCGAGCUCGUCGCCGAGUACCCCAACCUCGUCGUCAUGCAGACCCUCUCCAAGGCCUUUGGCCUGGCCGGCAUCCGCCUCGGCGCCGCCUUCGCCAGCGCCCCCGUCGCCCGCCUGCUCAACUCCCUCAAGGCCCCCUACAACAUCUCCAGCCCCACCAGCGCCCUCGCCGCCUACGCCCUCGGUCCCGACGGCCUCGCCGUCAUGCGCGCCAACCGCCAGCGCAUCGUCGCCCAGCGCGACCGCCUGCUGCGCGAGAUGCCCCUCAUCCCCGGCGUCGGCCGCCUGCGCGGCGGCACCGAGAGCAACUUCUUGCUCUACGAGAUGCUCGACGCCGCGGGCCGGCCCGACAACGUCGUCGCCCUCGCCGUCUACGAGCGUCUGGCCGAGACCAAGGGCGUCGUCGUCCGCUUCCGCGGCAAGGAGCACGGCUGCACCGGCUGCCUGCGCAUCACCGUCGGGACCGAGGACGAGGUGACGCGGCUGCUCGAGUCGCUGCGGAGGCAGCUGGCCGAGGUGAGGGGCGAGGGCACCGCCGUUGACGCAACGGCAGACGAGGAGAAAAAGGAGCAGAAGGCAAACGCCGUUGUAGCAUAGACUCGUGCGCGUCAAUCGCUGCCAUAGAAGCAAAAGCCCGAGUACGGUCGAGGGUCGUCUCCGCCCAUUGACUUGCAAUGACCGGCACGAGGGGCUCACAAAGGGGCCUUUGGUUAUGCCAUAGAUGAUUAGAUAUGAAC